AUGCCACCAUCGCAUUCCAGAACGCCUGUCGCGCUUAAGAGGAGGAGGACGGAGCAGAACCUGAAGAACAAGAAGACAAAGAGGGUCAGGCGCCAAACCAACUACCACAGCUCAAGCGAAGAUGAGAGCGCCGACGAGCACGAUGCGCCUGUCGCAGAAGUCAAGCCCGCCCAGCAGCCGAAGUUGAAGUCCGCGAUCAAAGCCAAGGCGCCGGCGAAGAAGCAGGAGCAGCCCGAGCCAGAGACAGAGGAGUCCGAGGAGGAAGAAGUCGAGGACGACGAGUUCCCCGAGGAAGACCUGGAAGCCGAUGCCGCCUCCGAUGAGGGCCUCGACGAGUCCGAUGCCGAGGGCUCAGACGGAGACGCCGCCGAAUCCAUGACCGGCCGAACCAAGAAGAAGCGCAACGAUCCCGACAUGUUCGCGACAUCCAUGCAGAAGAUUUUGGGCACGAAGCUCACCACCUCGAAGCGCGCCGACCCUAUUCUGUCGCGCAGCAAGACGGCGGAACAGGCCAGCAAGGAACUCAUAGAUGCGCGCCUUGAUGCCAAGGCGCGGCACAAGAUUCGCGACGAGAAGAAGCAUUUGUUGGACAAGGGCAGGGUCAAGGACGUAAUGGGCUUGGAGAGCUCGGAGACGUCGACGGCAGCGAUUGUGGAACAGGAAAAGCGUCUCAAAAAGACGGCUCAGCGUGGUGUUGUCAAGCUGUUCAACGCGGUCCGAGCGGCCCAAGUGAAGGGUGAAGAGGCGGCGAGGCAGAGCAAGAAGACCGGUGUCGUGGGUAUGGGCAAGCGGGAAGACAAGGUCACGGAAAUGAGCAAAAAGGGUUUCUUGGAUCUGAUUGCAGGAGGCGGAAAGAAGACGGCCGCGCUGGCCGAAGCAUAA